CUAAAAGCACACACCCCCAGGCGCCUCCGCCUCUCCCAGGCUGGGCUACUUCAGGAAGUUUUCGCGAAAGCUCUGAAAUAACAAAAGGUCAGCGUUGCCCAGCGAGCUCCAGGGAGACAAAGUCUCGCGCCCACCGCAGUGAGUUGCAGCCCAGAACUUUGGAGUCACAAGGGGGAAGUUGAGGAGACUUUGGAUCUGGUGGCCUGUGGUUCUUCUGCUCAUGGCUUCACCCCGUGGCAGCAGCAAAGAUUGCUCCAAUGUCAUCGAUCACAGCCACGUCCCCGAGUUUGAGGUGGCCACCUGGAUCAAAAUCACCCUCUUCCUGGUGUACCUGGUCAUCUUUGUGGCGGGCAUCGUGGGCAACAGUAUCACCAUUCGGGUUACCCAGGUGCUGCAGAAGAAGGGGUACCUGCAGAAGGAGGUGACGGAUCACAUGGUGAGUCUGGCUUGCUCCGACAUCCUGGUCUUCCUCAUUGGCAUGCCCGUGGAGUUCUACAGCAUCAUCUGGAACCCCCUGACGACCCCCAGCUAUGCGGUGACCUGCAAGCUCCACACUUUCCUCUUCGAAGCCUGCAGCUAUGCCACUCUGCUGCACGUGCUGACGCUCAGCUUUGAGCGCUACAUUGCCAUCUGUCACCCCUUCAGGUAUAAGGCCCUGUCUGGGCCCUGCCAGGUGAAACUGCUGAUUGCUUUUGUCUGGGUUGCUUCCAUCCUGGUGGCCUUGCCCUUGCUUUUUGCCAUGGGUGUUGAGUACCCGCUGGUGAACCUGCCCAGUCAAAACGGUUUCACUUGCAACCGCUCGCGCACCCGCCACCAGGAGCAGCCCGAGUCUUCCAACAUGUCCAUCUGCACCAAUCUCUCCAGCCGCUGGACCGUGUUCCAGUCCAGCAUCUUCGGUGCUUUCGCCGUCUAUCUCUUGGUGCUGGUCUCUGUGGCCUUCAUGUGCUGGAACAUGUUGAAAGUACUCACGAGGAGCAAGAAGGGCACACUGGCCAAGAAUGGCCAGCAGCUGCAGCUGCGCAAGUCAGAGAGCGAGGAGAGCCGCACAGCCCGGAGACAGACCAUCAUCUUCCUGAGGCUAAUUGUUGUGACACUGGCUGUAUGCUGGAUGCCAAACCAAAUCCGGAGGAUCAUGGCUGCAGCCAAACCCAAGCACGACUGGACCAGGUCCUACUUCCGGGCCUACAUGAUUCUCCUCCCUUUCUCAGACACUUUCUUCUACCUCAGCUCGGUGGUCAACCCGCUCCUGUACAAUGUGUCCUCGCAGCAGUUCCGCAAGGUGUUCGGACAGGUGUUGCGUUGCCACCUGACACUACAGCAUGCCAACCAGGAGAAGCGCCUGCGUUCCCACAUCAGCUCCAGCACCGGGAGUGCCCGCUCAGCCCGCAGCCCUCUCCUCUUCUUGAGCUCCCGGCGGAAUUCCUCUGCAAGGAGAACUAACAAGGUGUUCUUAAGCACUUUUCAGACUGAGGCCAAACCCCAGCCUCAGCCCCAGCAAUUGAGUCUUGAGUCACCCCAGCCCAGCUCUGAGGCAAAAUCAAUUAAUCUGGCUGCAGAGAACGGUGUGCAGGAGGAGCAUGAAGUAUGAGCC